AUGCGUUGCCUUCUAGAUCUAGGAUUGCAUUCGGUCGUUCAACCAUUCAACUCGAAGAGUGUUCGCGGGAAUCACUUUGGAAACAGUCAGUCGACUGUCCCUCCCGCCGACGCCGGUGCAUCCUUCUGGAAACUGCCCACGCUGAAUGGCUUGGUCGCCUACUUGCUAGAAUCUCGGAGAUUGGUUGGUAUUUGGACUCAAAGAGAAGAAAGGAGGCUAAUCGAAUCAUUCAGGUCGAUAGAUUUGCCGGAAAAGAAGGUUGCUGCUUCAAAAUCUCAGAGAUUAACGAUGACGGCAGGCUCUAUUUCAUCGUUUUUCCUCAUUAUGCCAAAGGCCUUUCCAGGUUGGCGGCGAGCUGCAAGCGGCAGGCAAAGGAAAUAUCCCCGUCAAGAAGACCAUUUCCCAAAAUGCUUGGGUAUCCCCGAAUAG